AUGGAGACCGCAGUGUUCACCUGCUGGCUCCUGUUUCUUCUGUUCAGCCCGGCUGUUCCCAUGUGUGUUCCCACUGACUUCACCAUGUAUGUGGAGAAGCCCGAGUGCGACUACUGUGUUGCGAUCAACACGACCAUCUGCAUGGGAUUCUGCUACUCGAGGGACAGCAACAUCAGAGCGAUAGUCGGCCCACGCUUCCUAAUCCAGACGGGCUGUACCUACGACAAGGUGGAAUACCGCGCAGCAAUACUGCCCGGCUGUCCCGUCGACUCCAACCCCGUCUUCACCUACCCGGUGGCUCUCAGCUGCCACUGUGGGGCCUGCAGGACUGACAGCGAUGAGUGUGCGCAGAGGGCCAGCGUGGGCAUAGCUCGGUGUACCAAACCCGUGAGACGUAUCUACAGGUACCCUGGCCAGAGCACCUACCUGACCCCUUUCUGA